AUGUCGUUAUCACAAACCAGAAAAACCUCUACUACCGCGGAUCGCAAAGGCGUACAAUCUCUGUUUAUACCGGCAGUUCCUCAGAUUGUCCUAAACGCGGACGAGAAAGCAGACGCUAACUCUACCACCACGAUACCCCAUUCUCGAUCAGCUGGUGAGCUGGCUACGUGUAUGGCCGGUGGGUCCGGAGCUUCCAGCAAAUCUUCCAGCGGAAAUGCCAUUAAUUGUAAUGGAAGAGAAACUGAGUCGAGAAAUGUUAUAGAUAUCUAUUGUUCUCCGAGACUUCCUCGGCGGUCUUUCCAUCAAUACCAUAGUUCUGGCCAAUGUGACGAUGACCAGAACUGGUUAGAGUCAUAUGACCCCAACACUCUCCCUGCUAAACUUGGCCCAGGAAGUCGGGUUGGGAGUGCUGUGUCACUGACAAGUGAGUAUACGGCAAGGAGUGUGGGUCUAAUUUCAAACGAUUCCUCAUCCGAUAGCACUCAAUUUUCAGAUAAACUUGAACUAAUAAAACAUAAACAGAGUCUGCUUCGCCGAUACGUAUCAAAUCCAGAAAAACCAAACGACAUUUAUGAAACUCAAGUGCAAAGAUGUACUAAAUCGGUAAACAACUUACAUAAUGAAUGUGGACAACAACUAUUUGUCAAUCAAAGCAAUUCUAGUACGGACGGAAGUUUUCCUGACCUAGGCUCCCUAUCAGGGGUCGAUAGGGAUCUAACAAAGGUCAAGACGGACUUCGAGGAGUCAGACGAUGGAUUUGCAUCGUCCAUGGUUACUAUGGUAACUGAUGAAUUAGCUGUAAAAGAAGGAAGGGUUCGUCAAUGGCUAACGGAAAUGGGUUCAACCAAUGAAUGA